AAUCUGACAUGAAGCUGAGUGGAAAUUAAAGCUCAUACAUUCUGUCUCUACAGAGUUUUGGUAUAUUUUGUGACAGUUAUUGUCACAUACUAAUAAUUUCCAUAUUAUUUUGGCUUCUUAUUGUAGCCUGGAUGCACCAAGCUUGAUCAUUUGUGAGUCAGUUGGACUGGAAAUGAAACAGCAGCACCAGGACCUCAUCCUGCAGGCGUGCGGUGCUUCUUCCCUGCGUGUCGGUGCAAAGAUCCAGACUCUGUGGAGCGGCUAUGGGGAGAUAGUCCGGCUGCACCUGGAGGGCUGCGAGCGGCCCUCUGUGGUCGUCAAACACGUCAAGUUCCCGGAGGAGGCAGAGCACCCCGGAGGCUGGAACACAGACCGCUCACACACGCGUAAAGUGAGAUCCUACCAGGUGGAGACGCACUGGUACCAGAACUACUCCACCAAUCAGAGCUGUCGGACCCCUGCCUGCCUUGCUGCCUGUUCCCAUGGAGACGAGAUGCUGAUCGUGCUGGAGGAUCUGGAUGUGGCUGGUUAUGAUCUGAGAAGGACGAGCGUGAAGGACAGAGAAAUAAAGGCUUGUCUCAGCUGGCUUGCCCACUUCCAUGCUCUCUUCCUGGGCGUGGCCCCGGACGGCCUGUGGCCCGUCGGCACCUACUGGCACCUGGAGACCCGGCCCGACGAGCUGCAGGUCAUGGACCACGCCGAGCUCAAAGCGGCAGCCGGAGACAUCGACAAGAUACUCAAUGGGUGUGUGUUCAAGACUAUUGUUCAUGGAGACGCCAAGUUAGCAAACUUCUGUUUCUCCCAGAGUGGACGGGACGUGGCGGCGGUGGAUUUUCAGUAUGUUGGCGGGGGCUGUGGGAUGAAAGAUGUUGUGUACUUUUUAGGAAGCUGCAUGGAGGAGAGGGAGUGUGAGAAGAGAGUACCAGGCCUGCUGGACUAUUAUUUCACUGAACUAAAGCAAUCUGUGAGUCGAGAUGUGGACUUCUUGGCCCUGGAGAAAGAGUGGAGGGAGAUGUUUGCAUUUGCUUGGACAGAUUUUCAUCGUUUUCUGCUGGGAUGGAGCCCAGGACACUGGAAGGUCAACCGCUACAGUAAACAGUUGACCAAGGAGGUUCUCCGCAAACUGAAACUGUAACCAGAACCACAAACUUUUACCUCUGAGUGUGUUGGCUGAGAGUUGAUCUGUGUAUUGAAAUUGAAUCACUCACAAACACCUUUGUACAGUAAAGCUUGCUAAUCAAAACAAGUCUGGUUAAAUAAAAGUUAGUGAGAAUU